AUGGCUUCCGGCUCCCGAUCAGCAAAACGGCGCAAGCUGAGCACGCCCGACGACGAUGCAUCCGCCGCCAUCUCGACCACCGAGAACACACCGUCCGCUCCCACGCCUGCAAAAAGCACUCUGAAGCGACCAACGCGCCGCGCUGGGCUGAUUUCCACCGAAGGCAGCCGCACCAGCUCGAGACUCGCCCGCCGACACGGCCACGCUCCUGACCUCGACGACCCAGGCAUCUACGACGAUUUCGAUAGCGCAUUUGGAGGCUCGCCGGCUAGGCAGCUGCAGAGCGAGUCUGCAACUGCCGCGAAACGCGCACCGCCACCGAAGAAGACGACGCGAGCGAAACCAAAGGCCGCGCCGCAGAGUGACUCGCAGAAGGAGAACAUCCCGGAGGACAGCGAGCAGGAAGUCAAGGAUGAGGCCCCGCCGAAGCCUGUGAGGCGCGGUCGCAAUGCGCCGGUGCCGACGGGCAGCGCUGCUCUUGGGCCAGACAAAGAAGAGGCGGGUGAGUCGCGGAGCAGCAGAGCAAGAGCUGCGGGGAAGAAGCAAGAAACGCCGAUCAAGAAAACACGCACACCGAAAAAAGCCCCAGAAAAUGGUCGCGAGGGCCAGGAUGACGAGCCGCAGACUGCCAAAAAAGCCGCCAGCAAGGCGAAGACUCCAGCAAAACUGCGGGCAUCGGCUACCAAGCCAACAGAAGAGAAGGCAAGCUUACUGGACUUUGCCGAGAAUGGAGAAAAAGCAAGCGAGGACGACGCUGAUGAUUUUACGCCCGACCCUAUUGUGCCUCCCGUUUCAAAACGGCGGAAUCAGUCUGCAAAGUCGCAGAGUACAUCAAAGAAGGCGACAGGCCCUUCCGGGGCCGACACAGGGCCAUCUCUAGACGCGUUGACCUCGCUAAAGGCCAAAGUCUUGGGCCAAAUCACCGGCAAGGAAUCUGUGCCGCUGGUCGGCUUGGAAGAAGAAUACAAGAAGGUCCACCAACUAGUGGAGCAGACUAUCAGUGCAGGAGAAGGGAACUCCAUGCUUAUGAUUGGAGCUCGUGGAAGUGGCAAAACAGCCUUGGUCAAUCAGGUGUUGAAUGAGCUGUCCAGAGAUCAGCGGCAGGAUUUCCACAUUAUCAGGCUGAACGGCUUUGUCCAUACGGACGACAAACUCGCGCUGCGUGAGAUUUGGAGACAGCUUGGAAAAGAGAUGGAUGUAGAGGAAGACGCCGCCGGGAAGAACUAUGCCGAUACUCUGGCUAAGCUGCUCGCACUUCUAUCUCACCCUUCCGAACUGGCUGGAGAGGAGUCAGAUGAAGUUGCAAAAGCAGUCAUUUUCGUCAUGGAUGAGUUUGACCUUUUUGCUUCACAUCCUCGCCAGACUCUACUAUACAAUCUGUUCGACAUUGCACAGUCAAGGAAGGCGCCCAUCACCGUCCUGGGCUUAACGACAAGGAUUGGUGUUUCCGAGAACCUUGAGAAGCGAGUCAAGAGCAGGUUCAGCCACCGAUACGUCCACUUGUCGCUGGCAAAGAGCUUUACAUCAUUCCAGGACAUGUGCAAGUCUAAUCUGAUGCUUCGACCCGAGACAUUUGCCGAGUCGGAGGUGACCACCUCUGUUGGCCACACCCCAUCGAAGUCCCAAAAUGGCGCCAAGGGCAAACAAACGGCACAUUCCACGAACAUCCUCACAGCAUGGAACAGCUCCAUCAGAUCCCUCUUCGCCGACGAGCACUUUCUCCACACCUACCUUGCCCCACACUAUCACCUCCACAAAUCCGUCCCCGCCGCCCUUUCCACCUUCCACCUCCCCAUCUCCCUCCUCUCGCCCUCGACCUUCCCCCUCACCCCAGCCCACUUCGCCACCCCCACGCCAACCACCACGACAUCGCCCACACUGCUCGCCCCCCCGGACUCCAAACUCUCCCUCCUCGCGCACCUCUCGGACCUCGCCCUCGCGCUGCUCGUCGCCGCCGCACGUCUCGACAUCAUCCACGACGCCGACACGUGCAACUUCAACAUGGCGUACGCCGAGUACGCGUCCCUGGCCAGCCGGGCCAAGAUCGCGUCGGCGGCGGGCGGCGCGCUGGCGUCGGGCACGCGCGUCUGGGGCCGCGAGGCGGCGCGCCGCGAGUGGGAGAACUUGAGCCGGUGGGAGCUGGUCAUGCCGGUCGUGAACGGCGGCGGCAGCGGGGGCGGUAUCGGGGGCGGCUCGGCGGAUAGUGUCAUGGUGAGGUGCGAUGUUGCGCUCGAGGAGAUUGCGCCGAGUGUGGGGCCGGGGUUGGAUAGGGUUGUGGAAAAGUGGUGUAGGCAUAUUUGA